CGCCUUUAAACAGGGGUCCGUUGCUAAGUUUAGUCGCCACGCCCCGGCGGCGGAGUCAGCCCGUGCUGACGUCGGCGAAAUUAAAUCGGCUCGAAGCCGCCGUCCUCUCAGAAUGGAAGUAGACUCGGAGCCGGAACGGACUAAGGCCGCUUGACUUACGGGGAUUUUGAGCUCGGCGUCUCCCUUUGUCAGCGUAAGACGAGCAGAACACGAAGCCCGUCCGUCGGGGCUCCUCUCGCUGCAGUGCCCCCGUAUGGACGAUGAGGAGGACGAUGUGUUCGAGCCGGACCCCCACUGCUGGCGCACCACGUUCCGGGAGAUAACGUGUCAGGACCAGGGCACCCAGACCCCCGGGCCGGCGCCGCCCAACGGCAUGCUGCCCUGUGGCGUGGCGGAGGAGCCGCGACCACUGUUCUACGGCAACGCGGGUUUUCGCCUGCACUUCCCCGCACACUUUGAGCUCGUCGGAGAUACAAGAGCGAGGCGACAGGAGGCCGAGGAGGAGCGGAGCGCGAUGGAGCCGCUGCCGCGGCAACCGCCUCCGGAGCGCAGCACCGAGGCCUGCAUCGGCCAGAAGCUGCAGCUCAUAGGAGACCAGUUCCACAGGGAGCACCUACGACUGUAUCAGCGAAACCAAAGGAACCGAGGGCCUCUGUGGUGGCGCCUGGCCGCCGCCCUGCUCAGCCUUGUGUUUGACAGGGGCUUCAUCGCGGGACGGAGGUGAGAGGCUCCUUUCCUCUCGUUCCCCAUUCUUCAUCUCUCUGAGGAACUGGACUCCGAACAGCACUGUCAAAAUAACACGGGUCGGUUUUUGGUGAUGGGACAAAAGGUCACCGCAGGACGGAGACAACCAACUUUUAUACAAGGUCAAGUUUUUUUUCUUUCCGAGAAGAUGCCAUGAUGCUCCGAGAUUCCUCCACAGGACAAUGUUCAUAUUUUGGUAUAAACGUGGUGUAGUAGUUUUAUACAGUACAUUGUUCUUGCUAGGUUUUUUGCACUUCACCACGUCUCCACCUUUACUGACCUCCACAGACCCUGGGAUUGCCUUAUGUAGUGUCUUCUGCCACAAUGAGUAUUUAGCAACUUUGACAGGUGAUAUGAAAUGGAAAUGGAAGGAAACGUGGCGUAACUUCUUCUGACGUUUCCCAGGUGACCGCUCACAUUGAUUUUCCAAAGAGGCAACUUUUCCAAACUGAGCAUUUUGCACCUCAUUUCAGUGGAACUUUUAUAUUUUAUUGUUCUCUUUAUUACGCUCCUCCAUUUUCUUUGGUACAUACAUUUGGACAGCAAGGUUGAGCGCAUUUCCACAAUAUCAUUCAAAAUGGUCCAAACAACAUCAAAGCUUUGCACAUGAAACUCUUUGCACACCAGGAAGUGUCAUCUAAGUUUCCAUUUUAAGACGAGGCCUCUCCCGCUGCAUGUCAGACAGUUAGGACUUUCUGGCUCACGCGUCUCAGCUUUGAGCCUGAUUCACAGUUUUAGAACGGGUCUUGGAGAUUUGAACAAAUCACUUCAGUUUAGAUGUUUUUAUUCACUGUAUUUGCCAUUUGGAUCGUAUCAGUAUCAGUCUGUGCUGCCAUUAUGUUUAAUCAGUUGGCUCAGAUAAUCCGUUCAGCUGUCGGUGGCUGUGAUGUCUGACAUGUUUAGGUGAUGAUGUUCUGUGCAUCAUGGAGAACGUGUAAAGAACUAAAAGUAAAGCAACGUGCACUAAAUGUCACUGUAAACGGCAGCAGUCCCGUCCGGCCAACUCCACCAGAACCCUGUGCUACACGCCUGUCCUUAGUGUUCGAUGUCUUCUCUUCAUGCGAUUGUUCUCAGACCUCCAUGCCCUUGAAGUGGAGCCGCGGAUCCACUGUUUUUGCACUAGACUCACACCCUUCGAGAGUUCAGACUGUUGCUGAGCUGAUCCCUGUCUCGUAUGAAGGUUUUUAGUUAUGACCUGAUUUCUUGCCACAUCAUUUCAAUCAUAGUCACAGCCAAGACAAACAACCAGAGACCUGACUGAACACAGUCUGGAUCACAUAGAGGUUCUGGAAACUGCUCCUACCCGUGUUUCAGGUUACAGCAGAGUUACAACAGAGCCGUGCGCCUGCGACCGAAAGGUUUUGAAGUGCUUUUCACAGCUCUAAACACCAAACAGGAUCUCACAUUCAUUCUGCUCCUCUCAGACUGCCUUUGUGGGUUUCACAUGGUUUGACCUUGUAUUGUUGGUGUCCUCAUGGGUUUGGGAUGUAUCUGGUGUCCACCACUGAUUGAGCAGACAACCGAGACAAAGGUGUAAUUAUUGUUGAAAUAUGAAUAUGUUUGAAGACACUGUUGAAGAUACUGUUUUGUUUUCCUUUGAACCCAGGCCGAUGUGUGGACCAAGGAGCAGUACAUAUCGGGGGUCUGAGAUUACUUGUCAAGUUUUCCUCUCACUUUCUUAGCAGCAUCUCAGGGACAGACUUCGUGGGCUCCUUGAGAAUCCCCAGCAGACAUUAGAGGGCGAGCAGUCUCUACACAUUUCCUCGUUUAAUUUCAGUUCAGAUUCCCUGUGGUUUGUUUUCCCGGCGCACACAUAAAGGUACAGUUUUGACUGAGGGCUUGACUGUGGUGGUGACGGGGGCUACUGAGCAUGUAGAGAGCAGGCGUGAGGUGCACUGAAUGUGGUAGUCCUAGUUUCCUGCGGAGUCUGAACGCUGAGCCAGUCCCUGUAGCUCCCUGUCUCACCACUCGCUCUUGACCUCCUCUUUGUGCUGCUCCUUGAUUACGUGGGUUUUGUCUUUUGUAAUUUAUUUUUCUUUGGUAUUUAUUUUUGUAUAUUUGCCCAGCUCUACUGUAUACACUUGUGUGUGCAAUCACUUCCUACUCUCCUCGUUUUCUCUGGUCUUGCUUAGACGGUUCAAUGUGGCUGAUCAUCCUUCAACCCAGACACAGUUACUGGACACUUUAUUUCAAAUAAAAGAUGUAAAAAAAUGCAUCUUGGUAUUUUACAGUAACAGAUUAGAACCUUGUAAAAGUAUUAAUAGCAGUAAUUCCUGGCGCAGCGGCCAUGUUGGACGGUGCCGAUGUCCCUAAUAAAGUGGCCAGUAAUUGAUGGCGUACACUCCUACGCUAGAACCUGGAGCUGUAGGAAGCCUUUGUUUGGUUCUCCAUGAAGCCAGCGGCUGUUAUUACUGUUAGAAAGCGUUGAAUUUCAGAUGCUUUCCCAGUUCCCGCGGCUCCAGUACCGCUCAAGUAUUUAGUGAUUUCACAGGGAUGGGGCGAAACCAGUUCAGACCUUUGUCAUUAUCUUCCACCAGUCGUGGAACCUUUACCCUGCAAUUAACAAGCUCCACGUCCAACGGUCGCCUUCACAUUAGCCUCAAGUCACAGGGAGUUAGUUAACGUGUCAAUACUUUAAUCUUGAUGUUUGUGUUUAAUCAACAUGCACUGGAAAGUACUUUGUUUCUGUAGAUCCCAUGGGUCCCGUAUCUGUUGAGCGUUAAUGUAUAGGAUGUAGUCUGGACUGUUCUGAUGCUGUCAGAACUACAGUGUGUCUGUGCAUUGAGCGAGUAGGCUCAGAACAAAGGCCUGUUUGAUUUAUUACAAAGGGAAACAAGCCACCGCGGUCCCUGCGUCAUUUAUUGGGGUCCCAAACUGCUCUCAUUGUGUUAAAUGAGUGUAUUUUCUUGAACCGUCAAGUGUCUUUACUUUUGUAGUUCACUUUAUAUAAAUUUGAAGUUUUUGAGGAAGGUUUUGAUUUAGAAUUUUUUUGAGUAGUGUUUCUUCUUCAUGCUCUUUCUUAAUGUUUUUAAAAUGUAUUUUCUGAAGAAGAGGGUCUGCUUUUUAUAAGGACUACUCACGCUUGUAGAGUCAUUUUUAAUGGGUAGGAUCCGUUUGAAUCCAUGAGAUAAAGGGCAUUUUUUUAAACAAAAAAUGAACUGGCAACAUUCCUCGCACGCGUCAUUGCGUGGAAGCAGAACCGAGAAAACCAAAAUACAGACAGAAACAAUCCACGUGUAUUUUUAAAACCCUGGAAUAUGCCUUUAACUGCUCAGUUUCAACAGUCUUGAUUAUCACACACUCUCUGUAACCAAGAAAUGAGACCCAGCGAAAAUGUAGCAUUUUUGUAAACAUUGACUGUGUGUUUUCGAGACUCUACUGUGCACUCGUUUUGUGUUUAUAUAUCUAUUUUUUUGGUGUUGAUUUAAUAUGGAAGUAAAGACAAUUUGUUAUGUAGUGCAAUAUGCUGUACAUACAGAGCUUUGCUCUACAAAUCCUUUUCCGAAUUUCUUGUUGUUUAUUGGUACUUUUUUCAAUAAAAUUUUAUUGAAGUCAA